AUUAACGACUCGUUUAUUUUAGAAAACAGGGCAAGUUUUAUAUAAACGUAUCUUGUCACACCGGCUAGCCUCGACUUUGCCCGUUCAAAAGUUCAAUGUAAUUAAAAUUCCACGGAAUCAGAAGUCUUAGGCAUGGCAGAAAGGCUUGACGUAAUUAUUUUUGGAGCCAGUGGGUUUACCGGAAAGAACACCGUUUUCGAAGCGGUCACUGUGCUUAAAGGUUUGCGAUGGGGAAUAGCAGGUAGAAACCUCGAAAAGCUUAAGGCUGUACUUAAGGAAGUAGGCGUCAAAGCCAAAAAGGACCUCUCUCAAGUGCCCAUUGUAAUAGCUGACGUCAAUGAUGAGCCCGCUCUUUUGGAAAUGGCUAAGAAAUGCAGGAUUGUCGUAAACACCGCUGGCCCCUACCGUUUUUACGGCGAGAAUGUCGUUAAGGCCUGCAUCGAAGCUGGCACCCACCACGUUGACGUCAGUGGAGAGCCCCAGUACAUGGAGACAUGUCAAAUGAAAUACGACCAAUUGGCCAGACAGAAGGGUGUCUACGUGGUCAGCGCCUGUGGAUUUGAUUCCAUCCCAGCGGACAUGGGCGUCGUCUUUUUGGAGAAGAACUUUGAUGGAGUCGUCAAUUCGGUUGAAAGUUUUUUGGAGAGUGGAAUCAAAGAAGGAGGGAGCAGCAACGAUAGCAGUGCCGGAUUGAACUACGGGACUUGGGAGAGUGCGAUUUACGGCUUGGCCCAUUCUGAUGAACUGCGGGGCAUUCGCCAGAAACUUUAUCCACAGAAAUUGCCGAAGUUUUACCCCGUUUUGCGACCGAGACCUUUGAUAUUUCGUUCCACGGAGGUGGAUAAGGUGUGCUUACCGUUCCCUGGAUCGGAUCGCUCUGUUGUAAUGAGAUCACAGCGGUUUUUCUACGACCAGGAUUCGAAAAGACCUGUGCAGAUGCAAGCGUAUGUGGGAUUCUCUUCUUGGAUGGUGGCCACUCUUGUAAUCUUCUUUGCCAGUAUCUUUGGAUUGCUGUCAAAGUAUAAGCUUGGCCGUACUUUGCUUUUAAAAUAUCCUAGAAUAUUUUCUGGAGGAUUAGCUUCGCGCGAAGGACCCAGCGAAGACUCGAUGGAGCGCACCUACUUUAAAAUGACUUUUAAAGCCAAUGGUUGGCCAAGAGCAGAUCGUCUAGCGGAAGGCUCGGAUCAGUAUACGGAGCCUCCAACUAAAACGCUUAUGGUGCGAGUCUCGGGAAUGAAUCCAGGAUAUGGAGCCACCUGCGUGGCCCUACUUUGUACGGCCUUGACCAUUUUGCGUGAAUCUGAAAAAAUGCCUAACAACGGUGGUGUUCUGACCCCAGCGGGAGCCUUUUCCAAAACGACUUUAAUCAGUGAAUUAGAGAAACAUGAGCACGGCAUGAAAUUUGAAAUUCUUGCCAACAAGUAAAGAUUAGUUUAAAAACUAUUUACAUUUGUUUUUAUUUUCUUCGUUAAUCACACUAAUCUCGCAAUAAUAAUCGUUGGUAAAUAUAGGAACAAAUGAUUCAGUUACCGAUUGCUUGGCCCACAGUUAUAUUUUAUUACAAUAUGAAAGUUAUAGAAAAUGUUAAAUGAAAUACACCAAAUCUAUUUGAUUAUAGAUUACAUAAUUAUUGUUAAGUUAUUUAAUAUAAAUUGGCCGCCAUAAUGUACAAAAAACGACACGAAACAAGGAUAAGAAGACAAAUAAUACUUAGGGAUUAAAUUUGAGUUAAACAAAUAAAAAUCACCAAUAAUCACAA